UCCGUAAAAAAAAAAACAAAAACAAAAAAACAAAACCCCUUCUCCUCUGCCAAACCCCUGACAAACCCUAAAAAUGAAAUUCAGGGGUUUUCAUAAUCUCCCAUUUUAUCCCACUAAACCAAACUUCAACUCUAUAUACCGGUCCCAAUCUCAACGACGUCGUUUCUUCUCGAUAUUCCAGAAGCUUCAUCACACUUCUCAAGCUCGAGCUUCCUUCAAUAGCGGCACUAAUGGCAGCUCUCAAGGUAGUUCAUUUCAACUGGUUUCUGGUGCAACUGCAGCAACUAUAGUCAUGCUUGGUGCACUUCACAUCCGCCGCAUGUAUGAUGACAAGAAGUUAGAGGAGGCAAGAGAGAAGGGAAUUGAAAUUGAGUUUCAUCCUGAUUACAAAGCAUCAUUCCUGGAAUUGCUUCCUCUGCGCACCAUUUCUAGAGUUUGGGGUUCCAUGACAAAUGUGGAAGUUCCGGUGUGGCUACGUCCAUAUGUUUACAGGGCAUGGGCUCGAGCAUUUCAUUCAAAUUUGGAAGAAGCUGCCUUGCCUUUGGACCAGUAUGUUACGCUGAGGCAGUUUUUUGUUCGGACCCUUAAAGAAGGAUCAAGACCUAUUGAUCAGGACCCUUGUUGUCUGGCAAGUCCUGUUGAUGGUACUGUACUACGUUUUGGAGAGUUAAAACAUCCGGGGACUAUGAUCGAGCAAGUUAAAGGGUUCUCAUAUUCUGUUUCUUCUCUUCUGGGGGCAAGGUCAUCACCAAUGAUAGAUGUAGAAGACACUCAAGAAGAAAGUAGUGUGCAAGAACAAAGUCUUGGAUAUAAGAGUGAGAAAUCAUGGUGGAAAGUUUCACUAGCUUCACCAAAACUUCGGGAACCUUCACCAGCAAGUCCAAUGAAAGGCCUCUAUUACUGUGUUAUUUACUUGAAGCCUGGAGACUAUCAUAGAGUACAUUCACCAGUUGAUUGGAACAUCAAUGUUCGCCGACAUUUUUCAGGUCGUCUAUAUCCUGUAAAUGAACGUGCUACAAGAACAAUUAGAAACCUCUACCUUGAAAAUGAAAGGGUUGUGCUUGAAGGUCAGUGGCAGGAAGGUUUUAUGGCCUUGGCAGCUAUUGGCGCGACCAAUAUCGGUUCAAUAGAGCUUUUUAUUGAGCCAGAACUGCGUACCAAUCAACCGAAGAAAAAGCUACUCCAUCCCGAGCGCCCUGAAGAGCGAAUUUAUGAAGCAGAUGGCGUUGGAGUGACACUAAAGAAAGGAGACGAGGUUGCUGCUUUCAACAUGGGUUCCACUGUUGUUCUUGUCUUCCAGGCCCCCAUAUCAAGUCAAAAAAACAGAGCAUUAUCAUCAGAGUUUAGGUUUUGUGUCAGGCGUGGAGAGAAAAUUCGUGUAGGAGAAGCUCUUGGGAGGUGGCGUAAUUCUCAGCCACCUGCAACUAUUUCAUCUGUGGUCCAUUAAACCUUCACGGAAAUGAUGCUUCUACACUAAGAUUCAUUUAACUAUCUGACACUGUGUUAGAAUUACCAAUGACGUAAUUAUCUUGGAUUUGUGUUCUACUCAUUUUGUUGAAUGUGGUAGGAGGUCAGAACUGGUUCUCUGGGGUUUUGCAAUUGAAAACAAUCUGAUGUAAUGAAGCUAGGAGUCUGGUCGUCUAUUUUUUACAAGGGUCACUAUUUGUUUUCGAUACAACACAAGUUUGAAGAUUGGCCACAAGUUGGUUCAUUUGGAACUGUAGGAAUUUUCUAGAUUCUGUUAUCUUUAUAAAUGUAAAGAUAACUUAUCAUAUAUUACACUAUAUAAAGAUUACAUUAGUUUUC